AUGCGUACAUCAGUUCAACAGCUCGCGCUUUCUGCGCUCUUUUUGCACUCAGCGAACGCCGCUCCCGCUGGUCUCCUCGACACCGUCGGUGCUGUGACAAAGCUUUUGGCUCUACCCACUAAUUACGUUCAACUCCUGACCGGCGUUCUCGGGACGAAACCUUCGGCUGGUGCCGGAGUUCUCAACGCUGCGGACCUCCAGUCAAAGUUAGGAUCUAUCUGGAAUACGGGAGGGACUGGAGACUUUUACGACAAAGUGCAGAAGCAAAUUAGCCAGGGCAUCCUUCCAGCCGGCCUCCUUUCCAACUUUCAGGGACUCCUUGGCACUGGUCUCUUGGGUAGUUUGGACCUUGCCAACAAUGCCAACAAGCUUAUUGCUCCCAUUAACGCUAUCGACUCUACCAAUAACAACAACCUCCGGAACCCAGCCAAACCCGUUUGGCCUAAGAAAGAUGCUGCGGAUGCCCCUUACACGCUCUCCGAAACGCAACUGCGACAAGCCAUCUUCAUUCCGCAGACUUUUACCUAUGGUCAAAAGCUGCCUGUUAUUUUUGUCCCUGGAACUGGUGUCUACGGUGGAGAGACUUUCAGCUCAAACUUGCUGAAGCUUCUCUCGAACGUUCCCUAUGCCGACCCUGUCUGGCUAAACAUUCCCGGCGCCCUUCUUGGAGACGCCCAAGUCAAUGCAGAAUAUGUCGCCUACGCUAUCAACUACAUCAAUGGCAUCAGUAACAAGAACUCAAGCAUCAUCUCCUGGUCUCAGGGCGGCCUCGACACCCAGUGGGCAUUUACAUUCUGGCCCUCUACUCGCAGCGUUGUAUCAAACUUCUUUCCUGUCUCCCCUGAUUUCCACGGCACCGUUUUUGCCAACGUUCUGUGCCUCUCCCCCGGAAAUGGCGCACUCAACGCUCCCUGCGACCCGUCCGUUAUCCAACAACAGUACACAUCUGUAUUCGUCAACACUCUUCGCGCUCGCGGUGGAGCUGAUGCAUAUGUACCAACAACGACCUUCUAUAGUGCCGUCUUCGAUGAAGUUGUCGAGCCCCAGCAAGGAACAGCUGCAUCUGCGUAUCUGAGCGAUGGCCGUCAUGUUGGCGUCACUAACAUAGAGGUACAAUCUGUCUGUUCCGGUAGGCCUGCCGGCGGCAUUUACGGCCAUGCUACUAUGCUCUUCAAUCCUUUGACGGCCGCAUUGAUUAAGGAUGUUCUUCAAAGAGGACAAGGCCCAGCACGAGUUACAGGCAUCAACCUGAAUGAUGUUUGUAAAGACAUCAUUGCACCUGGCUUGUCUAUUGAAGACGGUAUUGCUACUGCUGGCUCCAUUGUUUCCGCGGCUGUUCGCCUACUGGCAUACCUUCCCAAGCUUAUCGCUGAGCCCAGUCUUAUGGCCUACGCUCGUGCUUAG